CGGCCGCUGCUGCCGCCGCCCAGAGCCUAAGGCGCCGGGGCCGGGGGAGCAGGGGGGGCGGGCGAGUGAGAGGGCCGGGGGGAGGGUGGGGGAUGGCGCGGACCCCGGGGCCGGCCCCGCUGUGUCCCGGAGGCGGCAAAGCACAACUUUCCUCCGCUUCUCCCCCCGGGGCCGGGCUCUUGCUGCCACCCCCGACGCCGCCGCCGCUACUGCUGCUGCUCUUCCCGCUGCUGCUCUUCUCCCGGCUCUGUGGUGCCUUAGCUGGGCCAAUUAUUGUGGAGCCACAUGUCACAGCAGUAUGGGGAAAGAAUGUUUCAUUGAAGUGUUUAAUUGAAGUAAAUGAAACUAUAACACAAAUUUCAUGGGAGAAGAUCCAUGGCAAAAGUUCACAGACUGUUGCAGUUCAUCAUCCUCAGUAUGGAUUCUCUGUUCAAGGAGAAUAUCAGGGAAGAGUCUUGUUUAAAAACUAUUCACUUAAUGAUGCUACAAUUACUCUACAUAACAUAGGAUUCUCUGAUUCUGGAAAGUACAUAUGCAAAGCUGUUACAUUCCCGCUUGGAAAUGCUCAGUCCUCUACAACCGUAACUGUAUUAGUUGAACCCACUGUGAGCCUGAUAAAAGGGCCAGAUUCUUUAAUUGAUGGAGGAAAUGAAACGGUAGCAGCCAUUUGUAUCGCAGCCACUGGAAAACCAGUUGCACACAUUGACUGGGAAGGUGAUCUUGGUGAAAUGGAAUCCACUACAACUUCUUUUCCAAAUGAAACGGCAACAAUUGUCAGUCAGUAUAAGCUGUUUCCAACCAGAUUUGCUAGAGGAAGGCGAAUUACUUGUGUUGUAAAACAUCCAGCCUUGGAAAAGGACAUCCGAUAUUCUUUCAUAUUAGAUAUACAGUAUGCUCCUGAGGUUUCAGUAACAGGCUAUGAUGGGAAUUGGUUUGUAGGAAGAAAAGGUGUUAAUCUCAAGUGUAAUGCUGAUGCAAAUCCACCACCCUUCAAAUCUGUGUGGAGCAGGUUAGAUGGACAGUGGCCUGAUGGUUUAUUGGCUUCAGACAAUACUCUUCAUUUUGUCCAUCCAUUGACUUUCAAUUAUUCUGGUGUUUAUGUCUGUAAAGUGACCAAUUCCCUUGGUCAAAGGAGUGAUCAAAAGGUCAUCUACAUUUCAGAUGUUCCAUUUAAGCAGACCUCCUCCAUAGCCGUAGCUGGCGCCGUAAUUGGAGCCGUCCUUGCCCUUUUCAUCAUUGCUAUCUUUGUGACUGUGCUGCUGACUCCUCGAAAAAAGAGACCAUCCUAUCUUGACAAAGUGAUCGACCUUCCACCCACACAUAAACCACCUCCUAUGUAUGAAGAACGAUCUCCCCCUUUGCCUCAAAAAGACCUUCUAUAUCAGACCGAACACUUGCCUCUGCAGACUCAGUUCCGAGAAAGAGAGGUGGGCGGCCUCCAGCACUCUAAUGGGCUAAGUCGCAGGAGAGUGGACUAUGAAGAUGAGAAUCCUGUGGGGGAAGAUGGGAUCCAGCAGAUGUGCCCCCUUUACAAUCAGAUAUGCCAGAAAGACCGGAGUCCGGGCAAGCAUCGUCAAAGCAACGACCCUGAGAGAGUGUACAUCAACCCGCGAGAACAUUAUGUGUGAUUUCACUCUUUUUUUCCCAGUGGACGUCCUAACAAAAUGUUCAAUCUUCGACUGGGGAGAGAAACUGAGGACAGUGGUUCUUAUCUCAUUCUCCCUCGUGUAAAACAAUCCCAGUUUAUGUGUAUCAGAAGUCGUGAUGAAUGGCUUCGAGCCAAUAGCAACUUGGUUUCCUUCAUUAAGAGUUUCUUAGCCACCA